AUGGAAUUCCCAUUUGAUGUUAAUAAUAUUUUACCUUUUGAAACAACAAUACUCAAUGGAGAUUAUCGAAUUCUUAAUCCAGAGCAACCAGCUAGAAUAGUUGCGCCUGAGAAGCUGACAUCUAUUAUUGAUGCUAUCGGUGAUGCUUCCUAUAAAGCACAAGGAUUACAUGGUGCAGUAACAACAGCACGUAAAUUUCGUAUGUCUGAUCAUCGUUUAUAUAUUAUUAAAAAAGCCGAUGAUAGCAAAAAUUUAGGUUCUGUAGUUGGCCUACUAAAAGUUGGUUCGAAACAUCUAUAUAUUUAUGAUUCAAAUGGUCAAGUGUAUGAACGAACUCCAUUAUGUGUAUUAGAUUUUUAUGUUCAUGAAAGUAAACAAAGAUUAGGUUACGGUAAAAAAUUAUUCGAAACAAUGCUUAAUUUCGAAAAAUGUACUCCCGUUGAAUUAGCUAGUGACCGUCCAUCGAAUAAAUGCUUAGCAUUUCUUCAUAAACAUUAUAAUCUUUCUUCACCAAUUCAUCAAGUUAAUAAUUUUGUUGUCUAUCAAGGAUUCUUCAAUCAAUCUCCUAUUGUUGAAAAUCGAAAACCAUCAACUAUAAAACAAAAUCAAACAUUCACAUCAUGGUUAUUACCAUCAGAAAGACAACAACAACAACAUAGAUCGUUUACUGAACAUAUUAAUAUGGAGAAUAAUCCAGGUAUAAGAACAUUUACAAAUGAAAAUCAUCAGCAAUUAUCUACGACACAGCAGAAUGGACUUUAUAGAAAUUCAUCGGUAAAAGAUAAUCGUCAAUCAGUUUCGUUCUUACCACAACAGACAGAUAGAACACAAUAUACUCCUCGAAUAUAUUCUCAAGUAUUUAAUCAGAAUAAUUCUAAUCCACAUCUUUCACAAAAAAAUUCAAAUAAUAUUCAUCUACCAGUAAUCGAACAGUAUCGUCGACCUAUUGAAUUUACUUCUAAUAUAUCGAAAUCACAACAAUCUCUAAUUAAAUCAACGAAUAAUCAGCAGCAAUCACACCCAUCUUCAACAACAUGGAGAAUAUUUGGCACACCUCAGUUAUAUUAUUAA